CGGCUCCAAGUCGAAUUCCGAGCAUUUGCUGUUGGACCGUCGCACGUAUCGCACGCUUACAGCGGAAGUAUCUCGGUCCGGUGUAUCGGAGUAUCUGUCAGAUUCGUAUCGGACGCGUACUGGUAGCCAGAGCUUGGGCCUUCAUUCGUUGGGGUUUUCGGCUUUCGGUUUCGGUUACGGAUUCGGUUUUUUGGUCGGUUUUGGUCCGCUUGAUCGGUUGGCUGGACAGUUGCAAGUUGCAACCUCAGGGGUUUUCUCGGCUGUUGCAUUUGCAUUCGGCAGCUGGCCGCGAUUGAUGACUCAAAGACUGACUGUCCGUCAAAUGGACACUUGCCGCAGCGGUCUCGGUCAGUUAGGUGGUAGCAGUGCAGUCAAGUCCGGCGACCUCUGACCCUUGACAUCGAAUAUAAACCUCUUGACAAUCAAAUUUUGUGCUGCCAGUUUAUUGGAUUGAAAGCCAGCAACCGGGUGGGAUUUUGUGGCGGUCCCUUGACCAAUUCUAAACGUAAAAUAAAAACCAUCAAAGAGAAACAAGCCAACGGAGAAAUAUUUCAAAUAAAAAGUUCAAUUUCGCUGCUUUUAUUUUUUUGAAGCUCCACUGUUUUGCCGGUUUUCGGUUUUGAAGCGAUAUUCGGUCCUGAGCUUGUCGUCGAAGUCGUCGUCGUUGGCGUUGUUGGCGUUGUGUGCGUGGGCUUCAUAAAUUAUACAAGAGCGCAUUUUGCGAACGACUUGCAAAUAAAUAAGCAUUUACGCUUUUAUUAUUGCCCGCCCGCAAUCCCCGGACGCGGAGUGUGUGUUUACUGUGAGAGUGUGUGCGGGUUUUGGGGCUUGAGUUCCUUGGAAAUCGCUCCCAUGUGGCGCAAGCCGAAGGAAUAAAAUAAAAGCAGCCAGAAGCGGUGGAGAUCCAGGCGCUGGCGGUGGAGCAGCCACUUAAAAUAUCAUUUUUUGCAUACAAUCAUCAUAUAUCUAUAAAUGUGUGCGCCGUCUAUGCAUGUAUAUCGAGAUCCGCUCUGAUUUGUGUGUCCUGAUAACGACGAUUCCCCCCCAGUGAUUGCCUGCAUUAAAACAAACAAAUAAAAUUGCAGGAGCGAAGAGUGUGCGGGACGAAAAUCCCAUAUAAAGCUAUCAAGCAGAAAAUGUCAAGUCGGCGACUGCCAGCCCGCGCGUCGUACACUUAAUAUAUUGUCUCCGGUGGAAACACACGGCAAACAACAUGAAUUGCCUUUGUCGCCCGUCACGGAUUAUGUCCGUGCGCAUUAAUUUGCUGGAUGAAACCGAGUUUAUACACGAGAUCAAGGAUGAUUUGCCGGGCCAGGCUCUGCUGGAUGUCGUCUUUGCCAGGCUCAAUUUAAUCGAGACCUCAUACUUCGGCAUACGUUACAUAGACGAGGAGAAUCAAACGCACUGGCUGGAUCCUGCAUCGCGGAUAUCCCGCCAGCUGAAGCCCAAAUCGGAUCCCUAUGACUUGUACUUCGGCGUGAAAUUUUAUGCGGCUGACCCCUGCAAGCUGCUGGAGGAAAUAACCAGGUAUCAACUUUUUCUGCAAGUCAAACAAGAUGUCCUGCAGGGUCGUCUGCCAGUGGCAUUCGAAUUGGCCGCCGAGCUGGGUGCCUUUGUGGUGCAAUCCGAGCUGGGCGACUACGAUCAGAGGCGACACUCCAAAGGCUACGUCUCCGAGUUCCGGCUGCUACCGAAUCAGAGCAGCGAACUGGAAACCCGGGUCUCUGAGCUGCACCAGCAGCUGAAGGGUAUGUCGCCCUCCAGCGCCGAACUGAACUAUCUGGACAAAGUCAAGUGGCACGAUAUGUAUGGCGUUGAUCUGCAUCCCGUUCUGGGCGAGGACAGCGUGGAAUACUUCCUGGGCCUGACUCCUAGCGGGAUUGUCGUCCUGCGCAACAAGACGACGGUGGCUCAUUACUAUUGGCCGCGCAUUGCCAAAGUUUAUUAUAAAGGACGCUAUUUUAUGCUCAGGAUAAGCGAUAAAAAUAACGAACUGAGCACUUAUGGCUUCGAAACACCCCGCAAGUCGGCCUGCAAGCACCUGUGGCGGUGCUGCGUGGAGCACCACGCGUUCUUCAGACAGGUGCGAGUGGCCCCGCUGCCCAGCUCCCAGUCGCAUGCCACCGAUUUGUUCCAGCUGGGAUCGCGCUUCAGGCACAGUCGCCCGGACAAGCAAACGGAGAAGGAUGAACUUGCCGCCGGACGCUCCCCGCCCGCCUUCACCCGCACCCCCUCCAAGCGCCAGCCGAGACGCGUGAUUGAUGACUUUUUUAACAGCAACGGCAACGGCAACGGCAAUGGUACCAUCUCCACCAAUGGAAACGGCAGUGGAGCAGCAGGUGGACCUGGAGGCGUCCACAUGGGCAACAGGCCGUUGCCGCAGCCCGGUCUGGGCACCAUCUCCAACAACUACGAUAGUCCGUACCGCUCCACCUACAGUAUACCCACCAGCCUGGGAAUUCGGCCCUGCCACCAGCAGCAGCAGAACAACAACUCCAGCAGCUACAACAACAACAGCGGCGGAAACCUCCAGACCCCGGACUCGCCUCGAAGCACCCGCAGUGCUCCCUGGCCCCGCUCCCAGCAGCGUUCGCUCUUCGGCCACAAUCCGUCGAGUCCACGCUCCGUCCGGUCGGCCAGUACGGCGGGUGGGGGCCUGCACCACCACCACAGCCACCAUAGCCAUGGCCACGGAACCAGCCACCAUCCGCACCACCAGUCCUCGUCGGCAGCCGCCUCCUCGCACCAUCAGCGACAGCAGCGGGCCAGCUCGUCCUCCGCCUCCCACCAGCAGCAGCGCUACCGCUCCAGCUCAGUGGAGAGUCACUCCUCCAACGAUUCGCGAUCUACUCGCAGACAUAAGCAUCGUCAUCGUCGCACUUCCGACAAUGAAAGUGAAUUAUCUCGUGGAUCUGGACGCUCUGGAAGAUCAGGACGCUCCCACCAUCGCAAGCACCGAAGAUCCCAUCGGCACCGAAGGGACUCGGCCGGCGGAUCCGAUCACGACAGUAAUCGAGGACGCAGUUACUCCGGACACCGCAGCUCCUCGAUGCGGAGUGGCAGCGCUGAGCUUAUUGACUCCACGUCCCAGUGGCGGGAGGUGCAACGUCGCCAGGCAGAGGCAAGUUUGGGCCAGAGCUCCGUGCAGCAGGCGGCGGUUUCCAAGAGCAGCAUGGUGGCCAGGAGCUUGCACAGCAACGAUAGCCACUCGGACACCCAUUCGCAUCACAAGUCGCGAAGGCAUCGCAAGAACAAAUCUCCUUCGGAGUCACGCAGUCGCAUGUGGAAUAGUGAACUGGCCAAGCACCUGCAGUUCGAUCUGGUGGACACUGAGGGCAUGUCGGAGCAGCAGCUAAGGGAGAUUCCCUACACGGUGGUGGAGACCAACUCCAAGCGGUCUAACUCAAACCUCAAGAUUCACAAGAGCAACAGCAAGAGCAGCGUAGGAGCCAAGAGUACGGGUUCGGGCAACACUAUCACCAACGGCAGUGGGUCGGGCAAUGCCGGACAGGCCAGGAAUCGUGUGGAUCGUAUCAGAGGACUUUAUUAUCAAAGCUCACAUCCACACGACAGCAACGGCGUCGGGGUAGGAAACGGAGGUCAUGCCCCUAAAAACGGAUCUAUCAGAUCUGCUAGUACUAUAUCAUCCAGGGAAUGCGAGCGUAACAAUGGCUUAGUUAGAAUGAUGUCCAGCAUGAGCAUGGGUGACUUUAUUUCGCCCACGGGCUCCAAUCUAAGUCCCUUGGAGAACUCCGCUCUGAGAGUUUCCCAUGAGCACACCGAUUCCGGUUUAGGAGCAGAUCAGGACUAUGCUUACUCCUCUGAAAGAUCCAGCGACAGCACACGCUAUGGCACCAACAAAUCCUCGGGAGCCUCCAGCGGAUCGCACCGCAAGUCGGGCGGCAGUGCCGGUGGCGGCAACAGCGGCGGCUACAACAGCCUCAUGCAGCAGACCGUGAGUAAUCAGCAGCAGCAGCAGCGCUCGCUGUUCGCCCAGCAGCAGCGACAGCAGCAGCAGAAGAGCAAUUACAAAUACGCCACCUCCUCGCCAUCGAACACUAACCCCGCGAGCGGAUCGAACUCGGGCCUGGCGCCAGUGCACAAUCCGUCCAGCGCCAGCCCGAAUCCGAAUCCUAACGCGAACUCCAAUCCGAAUCCCAACACUGGCGCCAAUGGAAACGCUACUAACCCAACGGCGUCGCCGGCCAAUCGGCUGCUCCACUACACGACCUUCGAGAACAACCAGUACAAGUUCAGUCUGAACAAUGCCCUGGUCCGGAACUCGAAGGGGGUGUCGGGGGGCAGCAGCAGCAAUAUCCCAGGUGGUGGGGCUUCGGGUGGUGGUGGUGCUUUCAGCCGGCAGCGCAGUUUCGUAGAGUGGCCCAGCAAUCCGGCGGCUCCCUACUAUUACCAGGGUCCCUCGACGCACGUGGCCCAGGCCAAGAGGCGCGACGCCAAGUCAGACAUCGGAGUGCCCACGCGCCGUCUAUCCGGGCAGAGUAUUACCAAGACGCAACUCCUGACGGGCGGCCAUUCCCAGCUGGCCAACGCCGGCUGCUAUCCGCUCCACUACGCCAGCAGCAGUGUGACCGGUUCCGCCUACAAUCGACCCCCGGGUCAGAGGUCAGGCGGUGGUGGCGGUGGUAUGGCCGGUGGCGGUGGCCCGUCGGGAGGUUUUGGCCUACAACCGGCCAAGUCGGACCUGUUUCUGUCCUACAUCCACGGUGGGGAAUACGAGCGGCCGUACAUCUACAACUACAAGAUGCCACAGAUGCCGGCGGGCGGAGGGGGAUCGGGUGGAUCGCCAAAACAGCAGCCCACCGCUUACCACAUCUCCGGCUCACAGACCGCCGAUCCCCCGCCGCCGCCACCUCCGCUCUACGGGGGCACGGCGCCCGCCAACGACGUCAUGUACUAUCAGUUCGACAAAGGAGCCGCUCCGUCAACGUCAGCGCCGCCGCCCAUUGUCCAGCAGCCGCGUCAGUCGUCGGCUGGCGGCUGCGGCGGAGGAGGCGGAGGCGGCGGCGGUGGUCCAUUAGUGUAUCUGCAGCAUGGCCAGAACGCAUCUGUAUCUGGCGGAUCGUCAAGUGUCGGCGCGGUGCAGCCAACUAGCGCAAUUCCAAAGCCCGCCGCCCCCAACGACCACGCCCAUGCAGUAACAGCUGGCAGUGCCUGCGCCUCAAAUCCACCGCCCACUGCAUUCUGCAAACUUUGGUUGCAGCAGCAGCAACAGCAGCAGCAGCAACAACAGCAGCAGCAGCAACAGCAACAACCACUCUACGACCAGGAACAGGCUUGGCUCUAGAAAAGAAUAAACAGGAUCAACAACACGCACAACAUGUAAGUGGAAAGUUAAAUGGAAACUACAUAUGCGGGUCCUUGCACAAAAGUAUGCUACGGAAAGCAGCAGCAGCAGAAGCAGCAGCAGCAGCAGCAUCAGCAUCGGUAGUGGCAACCAACAACCAAACAACCCAACAACGAGGCAACAUCAACAAAACAGCUACAAUAAACAACAUUUAAAAGCCGCCGGGGCAAAAGUUGGACUAAAAGUUUUCAGCUGCGUUGCGGGCUCUUGUCGUUUGCAAAUUAAAUGCACAUUAUGCCAACAUGUAAAUAGAUAAUGUAGCUCCGUCUGUGUAUGUGUAUAUAUGUUAGUUUUUUGGAAAUUUUCAAAAUAAAAACCUAAUGGUAAACCUAAUCAGCUAAGCAAAGACGAAGUGAAUAUGCAAUGGAAAAAUAAAACGAAAACAAAAAGAAAACAAACAUAGCUUAAGACGCGAAUAAUCAAAAAGCCAAAAAAGCAAAUGUAUCUCACAGAUAAACAACAGCAAUCCGGGGCUAGGCGGGGCUGGGCGGAGCUGGGCUGGGCGCGUUCAGAGCAUAAAAGCAAAAAUAAAUUGUGCGUUAAUGAUAAGCGGCGCACAUUUCAGCGGCAUAAAAUUUAUUAAAAUAUGCGCACAAGCCAGACACAGCCAAACAAGGAAGCGAAAACUUAGGCAGCACAAACAUAUUUAUGCUUGCCAGGCACACACACCACACACACACACACACACUCUCCCAGCCAUUCACAGACUCAGAUACAAAGAUACAGAUAGCCAUUCUAGCGACUCUGCAAGGAAAUCGUUAGCGAUAAAUAUAAAAUUUUAUUGUUGUGCCUGUAUAUCCGUAUCUGCUGUGUGUGUGUGUGUGUAUGAGCUUUGUGCGGGCCUGGAAGUAAAUUAAAUAUACGUUUUUAUUAACUACUAAGAACCAAUUUGAUACGCAUUUAAAUAAUGCCCCCUACACGAGGGCACACAAAAUUAUGUAAAAUUUAAUUUUACUGCAUUCGGAAUGAAGAGCUAGCAGCAGCAACCAGAAAAGCCAAAUAAAUGUAAUAGCCUAUGUUUGUAAUUUAAAUAAAAUAUAUACUAAUAUGAAACACAGAAAACGGAUACUCUAGUUGUAGACCUAGCUGAGACUUUGUGUUUUGGCCCCAACUACUUACUUACUUAUGCCAACAACGUCCAACAAUUUCAAUAAUAUUUAUGUAAGCCUAGUUAAAUAACCUCGAAAGCGGAGCGGAAACUUUUGACCAUAUACUUUAAGCCCAUUUAAGCUUAGUUUAAUCAUUUGGACUAAUUUAAGUACUCAACUCCUGUGUCUGUGCUCUUGUCCGUCCGUUCGUCUCACUGUCUGUUUAAUUAUGUAAAUAUCAAUUGACCAUCUAGCUGCCCCUUCACCCCAUUGUCUAACUUGAACUUUGUCACUCAACCGAAAAUCAAAGAGAAUCAAUCGAAAUAUUUAAUAUUACUUAAUAGAUUGUGUGGUCAGAUUAGAGCUACGAGUAGAAGCGAAUACGGAAUGCAUAUGAAAUAUUAUCGAUUUAGCACUUAUACAUAAAACAUAAAACAUAUUGCAUAUUGGUGUAAACGAAAAAAAUAAAAUAAAUUAAAUAAAUACGAUUAAAUGUCUCUAACAAGAUUUUACAAUGAGUGUGUCACUUUUAUAAAAAUAUAUAUGUAUCUAAUAUAUACAAUAAAAUUACAAAUAAAAAAUAAACGGCAUACGACAUUUUAUACAAAACA